AUGGUGUUCUUCAGUUGUGACGCGUGCGGUGAAUCUCUUAAGAAGAAUCAAGUUGAGAAACACUCCUACCGAUGCAAAACUUACAGUUUGAGUUGUUUGGAUUGCCAGCUCAUGUUCACAACACGGUCAUACGCUACUCAUACUAAAUGUAUAACUGAGAAUCAAAAGUAUGGUGGUCAAGGUUAUGUUGAGAAAGAAGCCAAAGGUGAAUUGAAACAGAACGCUUGGAUCACCCAAGUUGAGAGUGCCAUCGAGAACGUCUCCGAUCUGUCUUUGAAGAACUUGUUGAAGAACAUAUUAGGUUUUACCAAUAUUCCAAGAAAAGAAGCCAAAUUCAUCAACUUUUUGACUAAUUCUUGUCGCAUAAACAAUCGAGGAUUGUGUACAAGAGCAUGGCAGGCUAUUGCAGUUGAAGCCGAAAAAUUGAAGAAAAUAGAGGAGAGCCAGAAGGCUGAAGAAGAGAAGAAGAAAGCUGAAGCAGCUGAAUCUGAGGCUAAAACUAAAGCUGAUGCUGAAAAAGCUGAAUCAUCUACCAAAAAGAAAGCACAGGAAGAUUCUAAAGAAGACGAUGCUAGCAAAUUCAAAUGGAAAUCGGCUAUAAAGAGGAAAUUGAAAGAAGCUGGAGGAGAAAUGAAGGUGAAGAAAUUGAGAUCCGCUGUUUUGGAAGACUAUCGCAACGUAUAUGGAGAAAUUGAAGAUGAUUCCGUUUUUGAUGAGAAGCUGAAGAAAGCUGGUGUGAGUAUAGACGGGAAAAAAGCUAUAUUAGCUUAA